AUGAAAGUUGAUGAUGGAGACCUGUUGAACUUUUGGAAGGCUUUAAGAACUACUACAAUUGGUGAAAAGGAUAAUUCCCUCAAAUUGCCUGAUAAUAUCCAUUUUUUGGGGAGAACUGACGAAGCUUCAGUCUUAUUUAUUCGUCAAUGUUAUCGUGACCUGUUAAAGGUUGUUUUUAGCAAUAAUACGAGAAGAUUGAUUAUCACUGGAAAUCCAGGGAUAGGAAAAACGUUUUUUGGCUACUAUAUACUUUAUGAGCUCAUGCGAAAAAACGCAACAGUUAUAUACGACAAAGCUAAUAAGUUUCCGAUUUUAUUCAGCAAUCAAACCGCUGUUGUUGGUGAAACUCUAUUCAGUUUUUAUGAUCUUCUAAAUAAACAAGACGUCUGGUAUAUCGUAGACGGUAAAGAACCUCAUGACGUUGAUGCUAAGACAAUUCUUGUCUGUUCACCCAAGAAGAAUUACUAUGUAGAAUUUGAUAAGCAUCCUUUAACAAAAACACGGUAUAUGUCGACGUGGGACAAAAGAGAGAUUGAUGCAUGCUGGGAAAAGAUUUAUAAAAACAAAGUCGAUAAAAAAAUUGUUGAUGAUUUAUUUUAUAAAUGGGGAGGAAUUCCUCGAUUCGUCUUGGAAAAAGCUAAUGAAGGAACUCAGCAAAAUAAGCUCCAAGAAGCAAUUGACGCAUGUGACGAGAGUAUACUUAUGAGUUCUAUUGGCAAAUCUGAAGCCAAACAAGAUAUAAGCCACAAGCUUAUUCACAUUAUGACGAAUCCCCCGAUCGAGGAGAGCAAUGAUUACGAUCUUGAAGGAGAUGAUGGUCUUGAAGAAGAUGAUGAUGACGUUGAAUACGUUGAAGAGGAACCCUAUACACAAAAAAUUAUAAAAUUUGCGUCUGUGUAUGUGAGUGAAAUAGUGAUUAAGAAUUUUGAAAAGACCAUCAUGAAUAAAAUGCGUACAGAGUUGAAUGUAAGCCUGUCAAACGGCAUUAGUAAUCCAGUAUUGGGUAGUAUUUUUGAGGAGAUAGCUCACACGAUAUUGAAAAAUGGGGGAAAAUUCAAGAUUCGUUCUUUAGAUGAUUCUGCAAGAUAUGAUCAAACGAUUAAUAGGCGAGAUAAGAUAUAUACAUUUCUACAAUUGAAACGAUGA